AUGCCUACUGGACUGCCCGUGUUUCACCACAGCUUCGCUUCAGGGACCCCGUUGACUCUCGUAGCCAUGUGUCUGGAGCGCUACGUGGCCAUCUGCAUGCCCCUGAGGCACGCAGACAUCUCCACAGCCAGGAGGCGUUUGGUGGGACUGGUGGUCAUCUGGAUAGCGAGUGUCGGGCCGCCCCUCACCCUCCUGUACGCAUUUCUGUCCUCGAUGGAGGAGCUGAUGAAGGUCCCAACUGUCGUCUGCUUUGUGGAAAUACUGUUCAUAGAGAGGUGGAAGACCUAUAUGCGCGUUGCUGUCUUAAAGUUUUAUUUCUUGUGCAUGUGUAUCGCCGUCAUUUUCACCUACUUCAAAAUUGUUAAGGCUGCCAGGGCAGUGGCUUCAAACGACAAGAAGUCAAGUUCAAAAGGACAGAAAACAGUGCUUCUCCACGCCAUACAGUUACUGUUGUGUUUAAUUCAAUUUCUCAACCCCUUUAUUGAAUCUGCACUUUUGAUGGUCAAUUUUAGACUGUUUGUUGAUAUCAGGUACUUCAACUUUGUAGUUUUUGUCGUGGCUCCACGCUGUCUCAGUCCACUGGUUUAUGGUCUAAGGGACGAGAAUUUUUUCUCUGUGUUAAAGUGUUAUGCAGUGUGUGGAUUGAAUAAGAGAGUUAAUAGGAGAGUUAAUCAGACUUCCAUAAGAACAUAG